UGUGUGGAUAAUUGGAUUUAAUCAUAUAAUAGAGGUGUGCCGGACUGGACUUUAUCCAUUCUGCAAGAUCUAGAUUAAUUGGUUAACAACUUUUUAUUUUUUCAAUCUUUCUCCAUCAUAUAUGCAGGCAGAGAAUCUAGUAUAAAAAGAGGGGCAACAUCACAAACUUUGCUUCAAAGUUCAAACUCCAUUUUUUAACCCCAAAAAAAACCAUCAAAAAAAAAAAAGAAGCAAAAGGAGAAGAAGAAGCAAGAAUGAAGGGAGAAGAGAGAGAUACAGAGGCAGGAAUUCCAUUUCUGCAGGAUAUUCAAUCACCAGUUGAUGCAUCUGCUAAAAAAGGAGCAACCCUUGCAAGUGCAGUUUUCAACAUAUCAACCACCAUGAUUGGUGCAGGAAUCAUGUCAAUCCCUGCAACUUUUAAGGUUUUGGGUGUUUUUCCAGCUUUGUUUGUUCUUGUUGUUGUUGCUAUUAUGGGAGAUGUUACUGGAGAGUUCAUGUUAAGGUAUACUCAUUCUGGAAAGUCAACUACUUAUGCUGGUUUAAUGGGAGAAUCUUUUGGAAGACUUGGCUCUCUUGCUUUGCAAAUUUGUGUUAUGAUUACUAGUUUUGGGUGCCUCAUCAUCUACCUCAUAAUUAUGGGGGACGUGCUUUCAGGAACCAUGUCUGGGAACACCAUACACACUGGACUACUACAAGAAUGGUUUGGGUUUUACUGGUGGACUUCGCGUGCCUUUGCAAUUCUCUUUGUUCUGCUUCUUGUUAUCCUCCCAUUGGUGUUGUUUCGUCGUGUAGAUUCACUUAGGCACACUUCAUUAUUAGCCAUUAUCCUUGCCUUGGUGUUUGUUGUCAUAUCCUUAGUAAUGGCAAUAGAAGCACUGUUGGAAGGAAAAUCACAAAAUCUGAGGCUAAUGCCGGAUUUUUCCAUUCAAGGAUCUGUCCUCAGCCUUUUUACCACCAUCCCAGUUUUUAUGACUGCUUUUGGAUACCAAAUCAAUGUUCACCCAAUUAGGGCGGAGCUUGGAGAGCCUUCUGACAUGAGGUUGGCUAUCAGGAUAUCGCUCGUUAUUUGUACUAUAUUUUAUUUUUCCAUUGGGUUCUCCGGUUAUCUAUUAUUUGGGAAUUCUAUUGACGCGGACAUGCUGGUGAACUUUGACCAGAUUGGUCAUGGUACUAUGGUUGGUUUAGUAAUCAACGGAAUUGUUCGAUUAAGUUAUGCAGUUCAUCUGAUGCUGGUGUUUCCUUUAAUAAAUUACUGCUUGAGAGCCAAUAUAGAUGAACUCCUUUUUCACAACAAGCCUGACUUAGACAAAGACACUACAAGGUUCCUAUGCAUCACAUUUAUACCACUAGCCCUUGCAUAUGGAAUUGCAAUCGCCAUACCAAGCAUUUGGUAUUGCUUCCAACUACUGGGUUCCACAACUGUUGUUUGCCUCAUCCUCAUAUUUCCGUCCUCUAUUAUUCUAAGGGAUGUUCAUGGGAUUUCUUCAGCAUGGGACAAGAUAGUUGCAGCAAUGCUUAUACUCGCCGCGCUGUUUGCCAGCGUAAUAGCUAUAUGGACAAAUGUGUCCCCUCCUGCAGGGAGUACAGCUUAGUUGAUUCAUGACAUCUUUACCCACAUUUUAUCGGGUUUUAUAGUUGUCAUCAUUCAUGCACUUGAGUUGAAGCCGUAGUUUGUUGAUCAGAUGAUGGAUUGACUUUCUCCUCUCCCAGAGUACCAGGCAAGUCCAAAUUCAGAAUUCAUCUUGUGGUGGCUGAACCAACCAAUGUAUAUUCUUGCUGUAAAUGUCUUUUUUUUUUUUUUUUUUUUUUUGUUUCUGGGUCAUGUUUAACUAAGAGCUGGUCCAGGGCUCCAGGCCUCUUUGAUUGAAGCUUCUUGGAGGGUGCUUGUUUCUUUUGUCGAACCUAAAACUGAAUGUAUAUAAAGUGAUCACAACUGGCUUGUAAGGUGGAUUGACAAUCCAAUGUGUUGUUUAGUUUUGUAAGGUUUAAUGUUACUCUGUUUACAGUAUGUACUACUGUAAAUUGUAUUUUACUUACAGAAAAAUGAUAUCAGUGGCUUAA